CUCCUCUCCCAUCGCUCGGCCGGUCCAAUGGCCACUGACUCUUCCUGCCCCGUCGAGUUCUUCCACGGCGGCGGCGGCGACGGCCAAUGGUGCAGCCUCGGCGCCGCCUACGCCGCCGUCCGGGUCCUCCGCCCGCAGGGCCACUCCCUCGUCAUGUACACCGGUCCCGACGACCAGCCCCACCAGCGGAUCCUCUUCGCAUACCCGAUCCUCCCUGGCGACGCCUUCGAGAGGCUGGACGGGUCCACGCUCUCCUGGGCGGGGCAAGGCUCCGGCGAUGAGUUCGCUCUCUGCUUCCGCGACGAGGCCGCCUGCGCAGCGGUCUGCGGCGCCAUCUCCCCGGUGACGACGGCGCUUGCAGCCCUGGACGACAUCGCUGACAGGCUCGAGGGGUUGCGAGUGGCCGCGGCGGAUGGGGGCGCCACCGCCGCCGGAGGGGACAUCGCUUGUCGGCUCGCACAGCUUAGCUUAGCCCGCGGGCCAUGAACUGGGUUACCCGGAGAAUUGAAACCAGCCAGAUCAAGUAGGUUUUUGCCAUAACACCGUCGUGUUGGUUGAAUCAACUCUAUACUAGUAAUAAAAUUCUGCAAACUUUUCUUCAGCAGUUUACAUCGCUUUGUUCCAAAACUGCAAUUGUUAACGCAACAGAUGGAAAGAUUGCAGACUAUGAUGCCCAGUAGGGAAUUUCUUUUGAAUUUGUGUGGAAUCCCAUCGUGCGAAAUUC